GAAAAUAUUGAACAAAUCAGUUACAAAUAUUAAGAAGUUUCGAAACAAAACAUAAAAUACUCCACCUUAAGUACUAACUGUUCAAAUGCAAGCAUUUUAGAAAUCUAUUUAACUGCACUGCCGCUUUUUCAUGGCCUUCAUGACUGCUGACUGCUCUCGUCUUGUCUGUGACUCUUAUGGCCCUGUUUUGUAUGUUUGUGGAGCUGCGUUCUGCUACGCAUUCCGUUGGUAUUCUACCAUUAAUACUUGUCUACUUAACGGUAAAUUACAGACAUUAAACGCACGCACACACGCACACUGAGUUGCCCAUCCUGGCCAAAAAGAGUGUGUGCGUGCCUUUGUAUUCGUGUGGGGAGUGCGGGGUUGGUAAGACACUAGGAUGUGCUUAUUUGUUGUCAGUGCGCGUCAAACAUUUGAAAACAUUUAUUUUUGGCCCGUACGAAUGCUUCAAUACUCGUAAGGCCUGCCAGUUGCCAGUUUAUUUUUUGCCCAUCCACUGAAACAGAAGUGUAUCCUGACAAAUGGAUCUCAAUGGGAGUCCUCUGCUGUCGCCAUUCCAUUCGUUAUAUAUGAAAGCCACUGUCGAGGGAAAUAUCAUAAAUAUGUAGAAGAGGAGCGAGAAAGUUAUCACGAGAUAUUUAGAAACAAAGAAAGAAUACAAAUUAAACGAUAGCUUCCAUUCGGAAAUUCCCCAAAAGUGCUGGCCAGACCUUUUUUUAUUUGAUCCAACUCGACUUUGCUUUUCUGCGGGCAAGGACGUAGAAUCAACAAAAGUAAAACAAUACCAAAAAUCAAACACACAAAACGACUGAAAGGUGAUGCACGUUUCCAUCCUCAGGGUCCUGGGCAGGACCGAAAUCGGGAUUUGGGUGAAGGGAAUGAAAGGAAAGAAGGCGGGCGGCAGGACUUGUAAAAUACUUUUGUGUAACUUUGGCUGAAAACUUUAUUUUGUGUAUUAUAUAUCCUGUUAACAAUAU